UUUCGUUCCCGGAAACACACAGCGAUGUUAACUGUUUAUAUCGGGUUAACACGGCUACUUUCUUUAAAUGUUAUUCAUUUAUUUUUUCAGUGAGAUGUUUCUCCCUGCUGCAAUGCGGUGUAUAAAUGGUUAGCACAAUGCUAAAACAUUUGGUUGUGCUCGUUGCUGCGGGUUUAGCCCUGUGGACGGCGCCUGAAUGGCUCACAUUGACUUUGUAUGGGAGCAGAUUGUCUGGCUGGCUGUUUCAGCCCUCAGUAGAUGUUUCAGCAGACUCGGGAAGACUGCUGAGGCAACAUGAGCUCUCACUUUACAACGGGAGGGAAAGCAGUAAAGGACUUUAUCUCGCCAUUUUAGGACAGGUGUUUGAUGUUGAAAAGGGGCGCAAGCAUUACGGUCCUGAAGGAGGUUAUCGUUUCUUUACAGGAAGAGACGCUUCGAGGGCCUUUGUGACGGGUGAAUUCACUGAGGCCGGGCUGUCGGAUGAUGUUUCAGACUUGUCUCCAUCUCAGAUAGCAGCACUCUAUGAUUGGUUGACUUUCUAUCAAAGGGACUACACGCCAGUAGGCAGGCUGAUCGGCCGGUUCUACACCGACAGCGGGCAGCCUACAGAGGCUUUGCGGCAGGUGGAGGCCUCCUUGGCUGAGGGGUUGAGACUGAAAACCCAGGCCGAGGAGGAGAACCAGCUGUAUCCAGCCUGUAACUCAGAGUGGAGCUCCACCAGCGGAGGGCGUGUAUGGUGCUCUACUAAAAGUGGUGGUGUUCACAGAGCUUGGGCUGGAGCUCCCAGAAGGCUCUUCUCACCUGGUUCAGGGAACACACGCUGUGUGUGCAUGCGACUAGAUGAUCCAACACGAUCAAAUAAUCCAAAUCUAAAGGAGUAUAAGGACUGUCCACCUCAUGCAGAGUCGUGCCUCAUUAGCCAAGACUGAGCUUCGUCAGAUUGUUUUUUUUUUUUUUUUGGACACAUUUUAUUUUGACAGUCCUCUAUAGAUGAUCUAUAGGUGCUUUAAUUGUUAAAUAAUUGUCUGGUGAAAGAGUAAGGUUUGUGUUUUGGGCUGAAGUUAAGGUGAGGUUUACGGAUAGAUUUAAUAGAAUCUCUUACAUUUGAGGAAUCUAUUGAAUCUAUUACAUUUGAUUUCAUUGAUAUUUAGUUGAAUGUUAGUUAAAGACAGGGUAUAAAGUCUCUACUGUGGAAUCUCUUAACUGGAACUUUAAUUUUCUGAAAUUAGUGCCGUGAUUCUCAAUUCAUUGUAUUUCGAUUAUUGAGUCGAUGUUAAAUACUAUAGAAUCUUGCUUGCAGAUGAUGAGGAAGGUGAGGAUGAAAUGGAUAUUACUGGUAUAACUGGCUAUUUAAAGGGGCUACAUGUAAGAUUUCUGUUCAUUUCAUAUGAAUAUUAAUUGCACCCAUGAUUACUUUAAGGCAGUGGCCACCAACCCUCCUCCUGGAGAUCUGCUUAAUCCGCUUGUGUAAAGAAAGCGAAAGUCAAAGGAAAAUAAGUCGAAAACAAAGGAGUUUCUAAACUUUAAGUUGAGAAAAAAAAUGUAAAGAUACACAAAAUGUAGGACUCCUAACAACUGUGCAGACCUGAUAGACCCCAAAAACUGUCACCAUCAGAUAAACAGCGCUUAAAGCUUUCAUCUUUGAGAGA